UAUUGCCACAGCACCAAUUUCUGAGACUGAAAAUGUGAGUUAUCAUACAAAAGAAACAGAAAAGAAAGUUUUAUUGCGCAUAGCUCCUGUAAUUUUAAAAGGACCUGAAAACGAGGUUCAUACAUAUGCGUUAUUCGAUGAAGGGUCCACUAUUACCAUGAUAGACAAAGAGUUAGCCUCAUUUUUGGGAGCAACAGGUCCAACUGAUCCUUUGAGAAUGCGCUGGACAAAUUCAACUGUUAAUGAAGAGAACGAUUCUCAUAGGAUCAACUUAACUAUCAAAGGCAAAAAUGAAAAUAAAGAAUUUUUUAUGACGAACGUAAGAACUGUCAGCGAUCUGAAUUUACCAACUCAGACAAUUAGUUACGAGAAAUUCAUGAAAAAAUGGAAUUAUUUGCCACCAAUUAACCUUCCAGACUUAAUGGAUGCGCAACCAAAAAUAUUAAUCGGGCAAGACAAUAUUCAUUUAAUAAUUGCACGUGAGGUUAUAGAGGGUGGAAAAAAUUCACCAAUAUUGUCUCGUACUAAGCUUGGUUGGGUUGUUCAUGGCAAUAUGAUGCACCGUGGCCGUGUUGACAAUGCAUUCAUUUUACAUGUCGAUAGGGAUGAAGAAUUGCAUGAAUUAGUUAAAAUGUCUUUUAAAAUUGAUAGCCUUGGAGUGAAGAUGGAAGAGAAAAUAUCAGUAGAAGAAGCUAGAGCAAUGAAAAUAAUGGAAGAAACAGCUAAGAGAGUCGGAAACAGAUGGGAGAUAGGCCUUCUAUGGAAAGAAGAUGAUGUUAAAAUGCCUCAGUCGAGGUCAGCAGCAGAAAAUCGUCUCAAAAUGAUGGAAAAGAAAUUAGCCCGGAAUCCAGUAUUUUCCAAGGAAUAUUUAAACAAAUUGAAUGAAUAUGAAUGCAACGGGUUUGCAAGAAAGGUCAUAGGUAAGGAAAUACAGGAUGAAAAAUCAUGGUAUCUACCUCAUUUUGGAGUUGUGAAUCCCAAAAAGCCUGGAAAGGAGACAUCAAAGACAUGUUCCACAGAGUAUACAUCAGAGAAGAAGAUAGAAAAUUUCAAAGAUUUUUGUGGUGGGGAGAAAAUGGACAAACGACGGAAUAUGAAAUGACAGUGAUGAUUUUCGGAGCAGCUUCUUCUCCAGCUUCUGCACAGUUCAUAAUGAGAAAAAACGCGAAAGAGUUUGAAGAAGAAUUUCCUGAAGCAGCAAGGGUAAUUUUAGAACAG